AUGUCCAGUUCAUCGAAGAUGCUUGGAAGCCAGUGGGUAAAUGCCGGACAGCAGCCAACGGAAGACGGCGAGCAUGAGAGACUGUUUGUGCCAAAUGGAGCCAGAACAAUAGAGGUUGAUGAUGAACAACCCCAAGUGAAUGCAACUCACUCGACGAUUUUCUGGUGGAUUAAGGUUUUAUCUGGAUGCCUCCUCCUGAUGAUCUCAUGCGUCGCCCUCUGGAUGUGGGGGGUUCCAUUCAUCGUUCAGCAGGUGCAACCUCCUGGGAUGAUUUUCUCCCGCACAUUCUUCUCUGCUUGGCAAGCUCAUUGGGUCCAAAAUUUCACGCUGUCUUUCUUUCCUGGUUUUUUUUUCUGAUUUGUUUUUGUUUAUUGCGCGCAGAUCAUUUUCCCAAUCAUGAAAUGGGAAGCCACCUCCUUCGGUCGGCCUGCGCUCGCUUUCAUACUCGUCGGCUCCCUGGCCCUGUUCCCUGUGAUCCUGGUUCCCUCCGGCCCCUCAAUGUGGCUUGCGGGAAUGAUCUUCGGGUACGGCCUCGGCUUUGUCAUAAUCAUGGUCGGAACCACCAUCGGCAUGGUCGUACCCUUCCUCAUUGGGCUACUAUUCCGCGACCACAUUCACGUAGGCCCCACCCCCAAUCUCCCUCCUUUCCAGAGCUCAUCAUCUUGCUCGCCUUCUGUGCCUGUGAUUGUGUCCAAUCCAUCCUCGUAAACUCGCUCGCAGGCACGGCUGAAGCGAUGGCCAAAGUACGCCGCCGUGAUUCGGCUGGUGGGGGAGGGCGGCUGGUUCCAUCAGUUCCGGGUGGUCGCCAUCUUCAGGGUCUCCCCGUUCCCCUACACCAUCUUCAACUACGCCGUGGCGGUCUCGAACCUGGGGUUCGGACCCUAUUUCUGCGGGUCUAUAGCCGGCAUGGUCCCCGAGGCAUUCCUCUACAUAUACAGGUGGGGCUCGAUCAACUCUCCCCUGCUGCUGCGUACGCAUCUCCAUUGUACUCCAUCUUCUCAAUCCUUCAUCUCCUCGGUGCAGCGGCCGGCUGAUGAGGACCUUGGUCGACGCGAAGUACGGCAACUACAGCAUGACGACGGUGGAGAUCGUCUCCAACGUCAUAUCCUUUGUGGUCGCGGUGGUGACGACGGUGGCAUUCACCGUCUACGCGAAGAGAGCUCUGGACGCCCUCGAGAAGGCGGAUGAAGCCACCGGCGACGGCGGCGGCGGUGAUGGUGCCGUCGUCGUGGAGAUGGAGAAGCUCCCGGUGGAGAGACCAAAGAGGAGAGAUCAUCGCGACGUGUAG